AUGCGUCUCCACCUCGUCAUACAGCGGCAUGGCCUUCCUACAACCCGUGUCCUCUGGACAACUUCCUCGCCCAGCUCUGCGUCCACCAGAGCCAAUUCUGCUGUCUCAUCCUUCGCCACGGUAUCAUCUUGUACAAUUACGUCGACGCGGGCUCCAAAUGCUGGGUUUGGAUCUGGCGCAUCAGCAGCGGCUUCGGGGAGCGGGGGGUUGACAAUCGCACAGUUGCUGGAAGAUGUGAAUGAGGUUAUUCCACUUGAGACGCAAGUUGAGGAAGAUAGUGGGAGUGGUGGUGGCAUUGGUGGUGGUGCUGGGCAAUGGGGACUGGAGGAUUAUGCGGUGGAAGUUAUGGGGUUUGAGUGUUUACAUUUUAUGGAGGUGGAUGGGCUGUUGAGGGAUGGGGAUGAAGUUGUAAUACGCGCAUUACAACUUGGUGAUCUCAUGGCCAGGAGACUUACGGGCCGCCAUCAGAUCACUAUUGAUGGGAGGCAUUUGAUCGACGGUGUUCCGUUCGGGAAACCUUAUAUUCAAAAAGCAGUGUCGUCAAGGCCACCUAUUACAAUUCCACCUCGGAAGAAGAGGCGAUUGAACUUUGGCGGAUGGCGGGUUGAUGACGCUCUUGCAAGAGAUUUUAAUCUUGAAGACGAAGAUGAUGAAGAGAACGACCCAGACUGGAAAGAAGAAACCGAUGGAGCUGGGAAAGAGCUUGUUCUUAGGGCAGGGGAUGAAGACGACGACGAGGACGAUGAAGAGGACGACGAUUAUGAAUAUCAAACCGAGAGCGAUGAAUCUGCUGUUACCCCGUCUGAGGAAGCCAUAAUGUUCCACGAGAAACGGAGCAAGGAACUACCUAUAGCAAAAGGGGCCGGUUCAUCAGCCCCCACCCCCGACUCGAAAACGCGAGCUACGAGGCAACAGAAGCAAAAAGCACAAGCUGAUAUAUGCGUUGGAGAGCGCAAAAUUCACGGGAUCUUGCUUCAGAAGGCGCGGACAUCCUGUCCGUCUUCACUAAAGCGCAGUCUUGGCGUAAGCUUUGAGGAUCAGCGACAAUCUGAUUCCGAGGGGUCAACAUCCUCCGAUGCAAAAUCGGCGAGCGACGAGGAUGAAACAAGCUCCGUCUCUUCCAGUGGUUCCAGCUCGAGUGAAGCAUCUUCGGAAGCAUCUUCAAGCUCCAGUGGUAGUUCAUCAGUUUCAGAAUCAAAAGAUAUCAAUAUUUCUACUACCAGUGCCAAACAACAAGCGACAACAUCUUUGACGGAAAAUGGCCCGCAGACCUCCGUCGCUACCCCACAGCCAAUUGUCCAUCCUCCUGGUACCGGUUCUCGACGAACGAAGAAUACCAACAGGAGAAACAAGUUACGAAGAAGACUUGAGAAACUGAAGGAGCUCGGAAUCCUUCACAAAGAUGCUAAUUUCGCCGAUCUGCGCAAAUGGUGCGAGGCUAACCCUGGCCCGUUUCCGGGGAUGUCAGGUGAAGAGAUCUCAGAAAGUCAGGUGAAAGGCAACGAUGAACAGGCGGAGUUUGAAAGGAAGCGUGCACAGCUACUACGGGAUAUAGCGAAAGGGGGUGUUGAUGUGACCCCGCAGCCUACCAAGAACGCUAAUAAAUUGAGUCCUCUUGAAUCGAUGUCAACCACACCGAUAAAUGGCGCCAACGGUGCUUUCGGGACAGCUACAGAAUCAUCUAAGAGACAGUCAAAACUAGAUGUUCCUAGCUCGCAGCGCCUUGUAUUUGGCUCUCUAGGUUUGAAAACCCCAAAAACAAAGGAGGGUGAGAAGGCACUGCGAGAGACGCUGAGCAAUCAUGUACAUCAGCCGAAACCACAGUCAAAAUUAUCCUCAGUUGAAGAAAUUGAUAAAUCUACGGAAGCGAAGAUCGAUUCGAUUGAAAACUGGGAAGAUCGACUCAUCCUUCAAGCUACGGAAUGUCUUUACGAUGAUGUAGAGUUGUCCACGCCGCCCUUCCCUUUCGUACAACGAUGGGAUAAGGAUGCGCAGGCGAAAAUCCGCGAAAUUAAAGGAAACCAACAAGCUAGUGGCAAGAAGCGAAAGCGGAAAUCUCGAAAUCGCCAAGAAGCCGAUUAUUCUGACCAAGAGUGGUGCAAUGGAGACGCGAGUUUUUCAAAUGGAAAUCAGCUAGAUUAUGGGAAUGAUUGGGCUGACGAACAUUACAACUCAGCUCAGUCUCUUAAUGGGGUCGGCCGUAAUGUGACUAGCGCAGAGGCGACUUCAGCAGAUAAGAGUGCGUCUACAGAUGAUCUUCCAGGCUUACCGGACGAUAUGUCUAUUCUGAAAGAUGCACGGGACGCUGAUAUGAAGCCUGGAACGAUCGUCGCCUUUAAGCAGCUGGACAUGUCUAAAGCUACAAACUGGCAACCGCUGGUGUCUAAAUAUCGUACUGCCGUUAUCGAAGAUGUUACGGAUGGGAUUUUAACACUGCGGCUUGCGCGGCGCGAUAGACAGCAACCUCGAGAGGACCAUGGCGAUGACGAUGAUGGGGUGACGCGAUAUACCAUGUUUGAGAUGCCUGGUUACGAUGAAUGGAAAGGAGAAGAUGAUGGAUUUAGGGAAAUGCAAUUUGGAGAGCUCAUAGAACCGAAAUUGCUCUCCAUCGGAUCUACUGAUGGUUCAGUAGAGGUGGUUGAGGAGACACAGCACCACCUUCCUAUUGAACUUCCGCCCCCGAUUCCCGAAGUCGCCACUGUUUCGUCGCCGACACGACACGAAAUUUCGGCAAUGAUUCGAGAGGCCGGGUUUAGGUCAGGGUUUGAUUCAGAUUUUCUUCCUCCCGAAGAGCUAUUGUUCAACGUCCAGGACUCGAGGACUUACAAUGACGCAACCAUCGAGAACAAGGGGGUCACGGAUUGUGCUAGUCCGACCGUUCAAUCCCCUACCUUUGCCGGCUUUGUCUCGAGCCCACCACCUAACCCCUCAACGCAUCUUCGCAAAGAUCACCAGCCCCAACCCUCCCCUUCAGCAAACCGCUCUCCGCGGGGUACGCCUGAAAAGCAGAUCGUCACGGAGGUGCCCAGCUCCCCUACUUGGCUACAAGAUCCUACAUCGGAUCCCUCUUCCCACAAGCCUAGCUCCCAUCAUCAGAAAUUGUCAGAUUUAUCUGGCCAUCAGCUUCAGUAUCUCGAACCCGAUGAUGCAUUGGCCAAGGAUUCUAUGGCUUCUAACAAGGACCUAACAACCACCUCACAGCAUGAACCGUCUAUUGAGGAGACGUGUAUCGACACCGGAUUGGACGCUGGAAUAAAGUCAGUCGAUGACGCUCCAAUGGAUGAUUGUGCACAACAUGUUCAGCCGAUGCCCCUUGGCUCCGAUGCCAUUUACAACUCUUCACCGCCAUUGUUUCAGCUCGAUCAGACGACUAUAGAUCAAGACGAGUCCCAGCUUUCAUUACUCCCUUCCGCUGUCGAAGAUAGCCAGCCAGCUGCACACCGCCCUGGUUCAAGUGGAUCCGUAAUCCCCAAUCCUUUCUACGAACCUGAUAGGAACCUUCCAAGUGUAUCACCGCCCAUGGCACGAUUCGUUUCUACAGCCCCACCCCGCACAACAACAGCUGCGGAAAAUUCGCCGUCCACGUCUGUAACUAGAAGAAGCAGGCGAAAAAUCCUUUCAUCUCCGCGCCAGGUAUCAUCUUCACCCCGCCGGAAACCCCAGCGCUAUGACGACAGGUUGGAUCUCCCAGCCAUAACCGAGGCUGACAAGGAGUCAACGCAGCACUCUGAAUAUGUUACCAAUCAAGACGUGUCGCAGAAGAGCAGUAGUUCUAUUGUGGAUUUAACAAUAUCUAGCGAGCCCGAGUCGCCUGGGAAUUCCGACGGAGAUUUUGCCGCGUCUCACGGACUUCCGCAGGGUCCUGGGUGGGUUAAGAAACGGAUUGUUAGAGGCCGGCGGCCACGCAGGACAGAAGCGCCUUCUGUUCAGACGCAGAGGAGAGCCCAAUCCACACCACCUCUACUAUAUAAAUCUACUCCAAUUAUCGCCGCAGCUGUCUGGACCAGGUAUCCCGCAUGUAAGUCGGCGCUCGGCACGUCAUCUAUCCUUGCAUCCCAUCGCCCGGAGAUAGCUGCCAACCUCCCCCGCAUCCAGCACAUCCAUACAUCAUCUCAUAUCAUCACCAACUCCAAUAAGAACAACACCAGCAACAAGAGGACAACCAGCAACGACAACAACAACAUCCAUUUAACAAAAACGCGUAUACACCACUUCUCAACCUCACGACGGUGGUCGUCUACUCCAACGCCAAAGAUGUCGUCAACAUCUACGUUCAAAAUCAAGGACCUAACUUCGCUCGACCUUCCUGCUGACAAGAUCGAAGUAGAAGUCGAGGGCAUCGAGAAGGGAAAACUCUUGCUCUUGAAACAUGGCGGCCAGGUCCAUGCGCUUACUGCUAACUGUACGCAUUAUGGCGCGCCGCUGGUAAAGGGCGUUUUGACUCCUGAUGCGAGGCUGACUUGCCCGUGGCAUGGUGCUUGUUUUAAUAUUACAACUGGAGACGUGGAAGAUGCGCCAGCCCUCAAUGCGCUACAUAAAUAUGAAGUGUUCGAGAAAGAUGGAAGCGUCUACGUCAAGGCUGACGAGACAACCUUCAAACAAAAUGGCAGGCUGCCCAUUAGUUCUUGUAGCGUUUCUCAACAUGAUCAGAAGGUUGUAAUUAUUGGAGGCGGAAGCGGAACCAUCGGAGCAGUAGAAGUGCUCCGUGAGCACGGCUUCAGCGGCCAAAUCACAAUAAUUUCCAAGGAGCCCAACCUCCCCCUCGACAGAACGAAGCUCUCCAAAGCCCUAAUCCCAGACCCAGAGAAACUCCUCCUCAGAGAGAAAGGAUGGUAUGCCGCGGUCUCCGUCUCCGUGCUCUCGGACGAAGUCACCUCCGUCGAUUUCACAAACAAGACCGUAGCGACCAAAUCAGGCAAAUCAGUUCCGUAUACAAAACUAAUCCUAGCUACAGGCGGGACCCCGCGCCGCUUGCCACUCCCCGGCUUCAAAGAACUGGGGAACAUAUUCGUCCUCCGCACUGUGGAAGAUGUGCAAGCCAUUCUAGCUGCCGUAGGGCCCAGGAAGCAGAAAGAAAUCGUGAUAAUCGGCAGCUCCUUCAUUGGCAUGGAAGUAGGCAACACACUCUCCAAGGAGAACAACGUGAAAAUCGUCGGCAUGGAAUCCGUACCGCUCGAGCGCAUCAUGGGCGCAAAAGUAGGACGCGUCUUCCAAACUAAUCUGGAAAAGAACGGCGUGAAGUUCUACAUGUCCGCCUCCGUCGACAAAGCCACCUCGUCUGACGCGGAUCCUUCAAAGGUAGCCGCCGUUUACCUUAAAGACGGCACCGCUCUGCCCGCCGAUCUCGUCAUCCUAGGCGUCGGCGUCAGCCCGGCCACAGAAUUCCUCCGCGAUAACCCCAGCGUAACCCUCGAGCGCGACGGGUCCCUCAAAACGGACGAGUACUUCGCUGUCGAGUGUCUAAAGGGCACCAACGGCGAUAGCGACGUCUACGCCGUCGGCGACAUCGCCACAUACCCCUACGAUGGACCUGGGGCAGGCCAAGGCGGCCACACGCACGUGCGCAUCGAGCACUGGGACGUAGCACAGAACUCGGGGCGAAGCGUCGGACGCACGAUCGCCCACGCGUUCUCGAGCAACAGUUCCGUGCCGCUGAAGGCGAAAUCGUUCAUUCCGAUCUUCUGGUCGGCGCUGGGUGGCCAACUGCGCUACUGCGGCAAUACGAUGAAUGGGUUUGACGAUUUGAUUAUUAAGGGGGAUACGGAGGCGGGGAAAUUCGUGGCAUACUAUGUGCUGGGUGAGACGGUGGUGGCGGUUGCGAGUAUGGGGAUGGAUCCGAUUGUUAUGAAGUGUGCUGAGUUGAUGAAGAGGGGGAAGAUGGUGAACAAGAAGGAGGUGGAUGAGGGGGUGGAUGUGUUGAAGGUGGAUUUGGCAUGAGGAAGGUGUAUGUGCCCUUUUUUUGGGGGGGGGGAGGGGUUUCCAUGAUUAGGAAUUAA